UAGUAAAUGAAUCAGUUUGAGUCGGUGAAUGGUCUCGCGUGCACAUCGAAACCUGCUUGACUGUAACAGUACCCGUAUUCACUAAGAGAAAACAUGAAGCGCGCUUGCUGAUGAGCUGACACCUUGGUUAUGUGGUCAACAUGGCAUGCACUGACGUGCCGAGCAGUAGCAGCAGCUUUUACAAUGAAGACAGAAAUUUACUACGCAUUAAAGAAAGGGAGCGUCGGAAUCAAGAAGUUCACCAGGAGAAGGAGCCUUUCUUGGAAUGCGCCCCUCUCUUCGGCGAGCCAUAUAAGACCAGCAAGGGAGAUGAGCUGUCCAGUUGGAUUCAGAGCAUGCUGGGUAAUUACGAGGAGGUGAAGGAGCUGAUAAGCAACAAGUCCCACCAGAAUCUAAUCGGCAUUCCCAAAAGUGCCCUCCCCCUGACCUCUCAAGGAAAAACUGACCGCCUGUCACUCCCAGACAGAACACAUCCCCCAUUCCAUAACCCUCAGCGCCCCGGGGGCCCUCCUAGCGCCACAGCCCCAGGAAGCUGCCCUGUCCAGUACCAGAAGAGGCCAACUUUCUCUGGGAACUUGUCCAGUCAGCAGUCCAAAAGCUCCAGUUUAUCAUCACACAGUUGGAGCCAAGGUCCAGACCUUAACCAAGGUAACCGGGAGAUGCAGAGCAACAGCAGCAGUGGUCACCAAAGAAAGAGUGACAGGUGGCCAGAUCUGGAGGAGUGUGCCAAGCUCCCCAUGCUACUAUCUGCUCUAUCCCCACCUUCUGAGCCACUGUCCCCCUUACAUUCCUUUGAGCCAAGUGAUUCUGAAGCUCCAGGCAGGGAGGGCCACAGGAAGUCCCCUCUCGGGGACCCAGUCACUAUGUCCAUUGAUGGCAGCAAAAGGGACAUUCAGUCUUCUGUUUCUGUUUUAAGCGAAGCAGGUCCUCUUCCCUCACAGACUUUCCUACCUGCAUUGCCAUCCAAGAUAAAUCCAGUCAUGCAACAGAAGCCUACAGCUUAUGUCAGACCAAUGGAUGGGCAAGACCAAGCCCCAAAUGAAUCUCCAGAACUGAAACCUCCCCCAGAGGACUACCACGAGCAGUCCUAUGAAAACUUCUCGGAUCUGAAAACCAAUGCCAAGGUCAAGCUGUCCAAACUGAAAAUUCCUUCCCAGCCCAUUGAGACACUGUCCAAUGAAGCCCACUGCGUAGAAGACAUUUUAAGGGAAAUGACCCAUUCUUGGCCUCCACUCUUGACAGCUAUACAUACACCAAGCACAGCGGAGCCUUUGAAAUUUCCCUUCCCAGCAAAGGAAUCUCAGCACGUCCAUUCUGGUUUUGUGGGACAAAAACGCUACGAUUCAUCUUCAAAAGUACCGCCAUCAAACUGUCAACAGGGAUCAUCUGCCCCACAGAGCAGCGGUGUGGCGUCGGCACAUUCCAGCGGCGGCGAGUCCGAGAGCUUGAGUGAGUCAGACAGCACGUCGGGCUCCGAGACUGAGAGCGAGAGCAGCUCCAGCGAGAAUGAGGAGGAGCCAAAGAGCCCGCCAGUGACCGAGGUGAAGCCUGACGCUCCAACAGCAAAUAAAUGGCAGCUGGACAACUGGUUGGUCAAGGUUAACCAACAGUGUUCACAUCCAGAGAGCCAGAGCGACCCUGCUCAGAGCCACAUUGAGAAGAGCAGAGUGCAGGACAGCAAUGGUGACAACCCAGAGGAGAGCAUUAAAUCGAAUGAGUCUCGCCCGCCUCAUGAGGAGAGCAGCAGGGAGUCUAGGGUUGUACAGGACAUCUCUCACAGCAAGGGCAGCCGGCAAAAAUCCCCAGCACACAGGCCUGGCAUUAUCCGGAGACAGACAGUUGGCAAAAAGCAGCCUUGCAAAUCUGCCAAGGUACCCAGGCCGGAGGAGUGCCGGGGGGACAUAAAGGUGGAAAGCGUACCUGCCCCUUCCAAAGGAAAAGACCAGUCCUCCACAGAAAAGCCGAAGGUUAAAACGAAAAGUGGGCACGAGAAGCCCAGUAAGAAAACAGAGACAGGCAAGCCCCCUAAACUCGUCCCUUCCGAAAAGAAGAAACGGAAAGAACCAACGGCUGCUCUUAAGCCUGCCUUGGAUUCGGACUGUGAGAGGGAGGGCAGAGCUGUGUGCUCUCAGCUUCCCCAGACUGAGAGCCAGCCUCCCUCUGCAGUGAGGACUAGUGCCGUUAAGGCUGUGAACCAGGUAGAGGACUGCCUCAGGAAGGGUGGAGCGCUCUCCCCAGUCGGGGAUGGGAAGCUGCUGUCCCCGCUCCGAGACGCCAAGGUCCCCCAGGCUCUGGUUGUGAAGAUCCAACUCAGCCUGUUGUCUAGGGUCCCACAGCCACCCGGCAAAGGCAACCACCACAAGAAAACUGCCCUCCCAAAGCCAUCUGUGGAGAGGAAAAAGGAGGCAGGGAAAUUGACUCUUGACAGUGGCCCUGCCAAGGUUCACAAAAAGAGACAGGCUGUGGAGAAUGAAAAAUCUCUGGGAAUAAAGAGGCCAAAGCUAGAUACAGAAAUCAAACCAUCAUCUUCAAAUCCUAAAAGUCCAGGAAAAUCCAAGGUGUCCAAGAGCGCCAGUAAGAAGGUGAAGAAAGUGCUUCUGCCUCCUCCAAUGUCUCCGGCACAGGAACCCCCGAAGGGGGCCAGGCACAAGCGGUGCAGUAGUGAGGGCAGCGCAGCCAGUGCCUGCAAUCCCAUGAGCAGCCACGUCGGCCCUUCACCUGUCAAGCACAAGAAGACCCAGCAGAAACACAUGGAGCACUCCAAGAGCAGCAAAAAAUCUUCACAGAACUGCCCCACUCCUUUUCCAGUGCCUUCAUUGACAAAUAGCUCAAAGCCAGCAAGACCAUUACAAAAGUUUGAUAACAAGCAGUAUCCUGUGGAGCAUCACAUGAAGGAAGCCAAAAAAUUAAAACACAAGGCUGAUGUCAUGUCGGACAAAGUUGGAAAAGCUUUCAAUUACCUGGAUGCUGCUCUGUCGUUCAUUGAGAGUGGAAUAUCCAUGGAGUCCAACCCCCAGACACCAAAGUCGGCGUAUACCAUGUUCUCUGAAACUGUGGAUUUAAUCAAAUUCAUAGUGAAAUUAAAAAACUUUGUAGACCCUUCUGCUCCUGCACCAGAGAGGAUCUUUGCAGUUUUAUGCAUGCGGUGCCAGUCUCUUCUCCACAUGGCAAUGUUUCGCUAUAAAAAAGAAGCUGCGUUAAAGCAUUCAAGAACGCUCACAGAACAUUUCAAGAAUUCUUCCCGAUCAGCACAAGCUCCUUCCCCUUGUGUUGCGAGAAGCUCUGGCACGCCUUCCCCAAUGUCCCCGAUGCCAUCCCCUGCCAGCUCUGUCGGGUCCGUGCCCGGAUCCAGCCUCAGCAAUGGGGGGAGCACUGGAAUGUCAGUCACCAUCCCUCAGAUGAUUAAUCAGGUGGCCUCAUCCUACAUCAGCAUCACUUCCCUCUUCCUGACUGCCCACGAUAUCUGGGAACAGGCGGAUGCACUAGCAAAGAAAAAUAAUGAGUUCUUCGUGGAACUUGACUCAGUGAUGGGCCCUCUGUCCCUGACCACCAGCAUGAGUGCUCUAGUACGCUUCACAAGACAGGGUUUGCAUUGGCUCAGACUGGACACGAACACGCCAUAAACAAGGGCCCAAGAAUUUUAUUUAUUUUUUUGCUUUUUUUUUCCUCCCUCCAAGAAAAAGCCCUGCUCUGUUUGGACUUUAGUAGCCACAGAAACAAGACUUGAACUUUUUUUUCUGAAUGGAGGAAGGAAAAGCUCUGUUACCAGCUUCAAUAGGAGAUUCAGAGAUACAGCAAAGUUGCCUUGUACAAACUGAACAGAGUUGCAAGAAUGCAACCCUUGAGUCCAAAAAAAAAAAAAGUACAAUUUGUUUUAUUUCCCUUUACGAUGGAUCAGUGUAUAGCGGUCUUGAUAUUUAUUUUGCUUAGCUGGUCUGCACAUUAGGACAGAAAUACCAGACUGGAAAAAUCUUAUCUCAUCUAAAUCUGGACUGCUUCUCCAACACUAACUGAACUGAAAAAAAAUACAAUUUAAACAACUCAUAAGCAACACACAUCAGACCAUUUUAAUGGGAGCAUGGCUACAUACUGCAAGUAGCAAAGUGCAUCUGAUGGCCCAAAGGUGCCCAUGCAUGGAAGGUUUAGGAACAUAUCCUGCACUACUACUACUUUUUUCCUCACCCUCACACCCAUUCAACAUUACCAUUUUCCUUUUUUAAAUUAUUUUUAUGGUUGUUUUAUUGUUAAUGGAGAUCACUUUAAUAUGCUGAGGCUGUUUGUAACAGUACAGGUAAACAACAAAGAGGGUCUGUGAAAAUGGGAUUUGAAAGCAAACCGGCCAGUGUUGUUCUAGUACUUACAAGUUGCACAUCUUCUUUCACAACUUAUCAACUUUUCUGAUGUCUGGAAAUCUCUCCAGAAUUCUGGCUGGCUAGAGGUCCAUACAUUUUAUUCUGAACUGUGUGAUAUAAUCGGAGCUGGGUAUUAAAUCUUUGGGGGGGGGGUUGGGGUUCAGGCACUGCUCCUCCUGCUGGUGAAGAUAAAUAGUCUUAUAGCCUGCCAUACAGAGCUGAUUGUUGGGGAACCCUGACUGCUCUGCUUUGCAUAUGAAGUCAAAGACAAGAACCGCCUGUUUCCUUUCUUGUUAAAAUGUGUUCCUAAAGCAUGCCUCCCAUACAUCGCCAUCAGUUCAAAAGCACAUCUGUACUUUCACUUUCACAGCUGCUAUUACAUUGUAGUAUUGGCGUCCUAAAGUAUCAAACAACAAAAUAGACUGGCCAUUAUUCAAAUGUAAUGUCUUGGUCAGUAUCACCUUUUCAGUGAUUUAUAACUUUAUGUGUUAUUGAGCAACCCCCAGCAAACCAUCCUGAUUACCUUUGGCAACCUCUCCAUCAAAAAAAAAGUCAGCAGUAUUUUUCUCCGAGGGAGUCUGUUUUGGUCACAGCACAUUCCAGUGGGGUAAGGUGAAAGUACAGGUGAACUCUAACUAAAGCUCAUACCUGGUAACAAUGUAUUUUUGUUCCUGUUGCUGUGUUUUCUGUUUUUUAAAUAGGUGCAAGUUUAAAUUAUUUCUGAGAAAAGACAGAUGUAUCGAUCCCCUGCUUGCACUGCAAUGCAUUCUGCAGCGAGUUCUGAUUUCAACAUGAACAUAAUGUUUAUAUGGGGUUACAUACAAAGCCUUCAUCUUUAAUGGCUGGUAGUGUUGGCACUGAGCAAGUCAAGAGUUAUUUGAUUCACUGUGUGCAGUAUGUCAGGAAGCAUUCAUCUUCGAGUCGCCAUGUAUGCUGACAGAAUUGGAUAGCUCUGGUUGAUUUUAAAUAUGAAACAAAUCACAAAGCUCUUUAAACCCAGUCUUAAACAUUGUGUGCCUUAGACAAGUAGAGCUGUUUUGGGUUGCUUUUUGUGAAUAUACCCUUUGUAUUCAAGCCAGAAAAGCAGCAUGGAAGGAUGGUGUGCAGAGACAAAGCAGCAGAUCCUAUUUCUCGGACAUUGCUGUUUAAAACGCUAUAGGAUUGACUAGUUAGCUAUUAGUUUCUUGAUUUUGAAGUGCAGCAUU